ACUCGGUUAGGAGCAACGAAGAGCAAGCAGAUGGCAAGCAGAGACCCCUCUACUCAGGGCUUAAAGGUCAAGUUUUUGAUCAAUAUACCUUUGAAGGUGGAUUCGGAGGAUGAGGCACAGAAAAUGUGUCGUUAUCUACUCGAUGCUCUAAUUGAAGGCUUUACAGAAGAGGAUAGGAAAUUUAUGAGGGAUGGGAAUGGCAGACAGGUGCUGGAAGACGUAGCCGUGAUUUUUGGCAUGAACAGAAAACACACCCCAGAGCUAGUUCAAGAUCUGGACGAUCUCGAGAGAUUCAGGUACGAUUGUAAAAUCAGGUAUUCUAUAAUCACGUACACUUGGGGAAGCGGUGGAACAAUAGCAAGUGAAGUGCCUGAUAAAACCAUACCAUACCAGGAUAUUCGAGAGUAUCUGAAAAGCCACGCUGCUACAACAAAUCUUGUGCGGGAGUUGAGGGGAAACGAUAGAAGUUGUCUGGUUUACUUCAGUUUUGUUGAUAGCGACACUUUCAGCUUCAACUCCAUCUACAGUGAAUACUUGCAAAUUGUGAGAAAGGAGCUGAAAAACGAUCCGCCCAUCCCACCCACCGUCAUGUCGACCGGUUACGAGUUCACCCACGAGCAAGAACAUCACAUUGCAGGUGACUUGGACCGCCAGAUUCGUACAGCCUUAGCAGAGGUCAAUGCUCUCUUCGUGUAUUACCCAGAACCCAACUUCUGCGUUCUAGUGGAGGAGGAAAAGGACACCAUAGAGGAGAGUUUUAUAAUCAAGAAAAACAGGGGCAAAAAUGAUUACAAAAUGGAGUCAUGCAUUCUGAUCAGGCAGGUCAAGGAACGCGUCAAUUUUAAAGCUAUGUUUGGAAAAGGAAAGCCCAUCAUCAUCGUUGCACCAGAAAGAUUUAAGCUAAGUAAAGAUGGUCUAAUCCUAAAAGGCCUGAUCAUCAACCAGUCAACUCUGAAUAAGAGGAAUUUGGCAUCUGGUGCAUACUGCAAUGGAUUGCUCAAAUGUAGGGAAACAUAUAAUGGGGUGGAUUUACCAAAUGACCCCAAAACGCAGUUAGGAGUAUAUUAUAAAAACUUAAAUUUUAUCAAGGACUUAUAUAAAUGUAGUGAUGAAAGGAGCUUUGAAGAGCUGAGUAAAAAAAAUCCAUUCAGCAUGGAUGGAGGAGACGCAACAGAGCUAGUCGAAGCUAUUAGACAAGCAAGAGAAUGCAGAAAGGUUUUUGAAGAACUCGAUAAAAACUUCUAAAAUCUUUAGAUUGAAAUCGGCUUCUUAUCUGUUUUUAGAUGGUGCACUCAUCUGAAUCAGGAAC